GUGAGACCCAUUGUUCUCUCUUAUCUCUCUCUCACUCGGACUCUGUCUCUGAGCAUCGAGAUUUCUCUCUCCGAUUGCUAAAACCCAUAUCACCUCUCUCUGGGAUUUAGGGUUUUUGGUAAUACUUGGGGCAGAGAAGGAGAAGUAGAAGAUCUAGCUAUCAAUUGACGGUCAUGGCCACCGUUGCUCCUCCUGUGGAACAAGCAGCAGAUUUGCUACAGAAGAUGUCAUUAGACUCUCAAACCAAGACUCUGGAAAUUCCUGAGCCUACCAAGAAGCCUUCUGUUAACCAAUACGGUUCUAUUGAUUCUGGCAAUGCUGCAAAUGGACAGAUCCCAUCAGAGCGCUCUGUUACCCCUUUGUUACCUGAUUUUGUGGAUCCAUCUAUGUGCUAUCUCCCGAAUGGUUAUCCGUCUACUGCGUAUUACUAUGGAGGCUAUGAUGGGACUGGCAAUGAGUGGGAUGACUACUCGAGAUAUGUAAAUCCUGAGGGAGUAGAGAUGACUUCUGGUGUUUAUGGGGACAACGGGUCUCUGUUAUACCACCAUGGGUAUGGGUAUGCACCAUAUGGCCCAUAUUCUCCGGCGGGUUCCCCUGUUCCGACUAUGGGAAAUGAUGGUCAGUUAUAUGGACCUCAGCAGUACCAAUACCCUCCUUAUUUCCAGCCUCUGACUCCAACCAGUGGACCGUACACUCCCAGCCCUGCUGCCCCUCAAACUGAUGUCUCCACCUCUGCAGCUGCUGACCAAAAGCCUCUUUCUGUGGAAACAGCAAAUGGAAUUUCUAACGGCAUUUCGAACGGUGGAAGUGUGAAAGGAAAUAGCGUUUCAGCUCCCUUAUCAACAUAUCAAAACUCGUCUUUCAACUCCAAUGGUUCAUAUGGAAGGGGUGCUUUGCCAGGACGUGUUCCUACUCCUGGAUACCAAGACCCAAGAUUUGGUUUUGAUGGGUUGCGUUCUCCUCUUCCAUGGUUAGAUGCCCCACUUUUUUCAGAUGGGCAACCUAGACCAGUGACAAGUACAACAAUUACUUCGUCAAUCUCCAAUGGCAAUACCAAUUUGUCCUCGAGGAAUCAGAAUUACCGUCCAAAUUCUCAUUACAUGGGUUUGCACCACCCAAGGCCAUUGUCAGGAAUGGGUACAUCUCAAGGGUUUAUAAAUAGGAUGUACCCAAGCAAGCUGUAUGGUCACUAUGGAAACACAGUUAGAUCUGGUAUGGGCUUUGGGUCUCAUGGUUAUGAUUCACGAACCAAUGGACGCUCAUGGCUUGCUGUUGACAACAAGUAUAAACCCAGGGGAAGAAAUGGUGGCUACUACGGAUAUGGUAAUGAGAACAUGGAUGGAUUAAAUGAACUAAACAGGGGACCUCGGGCGAAGAGCUCCAAGAAUCAAAAGGGAUUUGCCCCUAAUGCAUUAGCAAUCAAAGGGCAGGUACCAACGAAUCCUAGUAAUGAUGAGGAAAAGGAAAAAAUCAGUGUCCCAGACCGAGAACAAUACAACAAAGCAGAUUUUCCCGAGGAGUAUACCGAUGCCAAAUUCUUCAUCAUUAAGUCAUACAGUGAGGAUGAUGUUCAUAAGAGCAUUAAGUACAAUGUUUGGGCCAGUACGCCAAAUGGCAACAAGAAGCUUCAUACUGCGUACCAGGAGGCUCAGGAGAAAUCUGGUGGCUGCCCUGUUUUUCUUCUCUUUUCGGUCAAUACCAGUGGACAGUUUGUUGGCCUUUCCGAGAUGUUGGGCCCCGUUGAUUUUAACAAGAACUUGGAAUACUGGCAGCAAGACAAGUGGAAUGGCUGUUUUCCUGUCAAGUGGCAUAUCGUUAAAGAUGUUCCCAACAGUUUGCUGAAGCACAUUACUCUUGAAAAUAAUGAGAACAAGCCUGUUACCAACAGUAGGGACACUCAGGAGGUUAAAUUGGAGCCAGGGCUUAAAAUAAUUAAAAUCUUCAAGGAACAUAUAAGCAAAACUUGCAUUCUGGAUGACUUUGGGUUCUAUGAAGCCCGUCAGAAGACAAUCCAGGAGAAGAAGGCUAAGCAACAGCAGUUUCAGAAACAGGUAUGGGAAGGAAAAACCAAUGAUGAGAAGAAAGUGGUGGCAAAUGGGCAACUGAAGACUCAAAAUUCAUUGGAGGUUCCCGCCGAGUUGACCAAGGAAUCUGUUCCGGCUGUGAAUGGAAGUGAGGACCCGAAAGUUGCAGAAAAUGGAUCAAUUGCAUCUGGAGAUGCCCCAAAGGGUGCUAAGCCAGUUGUGUCAGAGAAGAGGGUUGUAGCGAACGGGGUUGCGAAUGGUUGAUAGUUUCUGCCUUGCGUAAUGGCGGUCCAUGCUCUUGUGGUGUUCUUGUAAAGGUUUGCGUUGGAAGUGUGCUGGUGUUAAUGAAUAUGUUGAAGAAAACUAGUAUCCAAUGCUCUGCCUACUUGUGUGGACCGCCGUCCUGAUGACCAUGACUUGCCCUGCUAGAAUAGUCAAUAGUUCAUUGAGGAAUGGCAAGUCAAUAAUGUCUAGAAUUUCUUGUAUCUUGUUCUUGAGGCAGGCUAGGGAUCCGAGUAAUCGUAGUAGUUCCACCCCUCCUCCCUCCCCCACAGUUUUUCAUUUGGGUUGUCUAUUUACAGGUGUUUUCGCUGAAGCUCUAACAGGUUUUGGGUUGCCUAGGAUUUUGGGUUUAGGGUUUCUUCUAUUCCAGUCGUGCUUAUAUCUCUAGUAUGUGUUUUUUUUUUGUUUACUUUAAUUUUUUUUUAACUUUCUCCAUGUUUUACCUUUUGCCUUUUACUAGUUUGGUUAUUUCCUGUCUUGUAUGUCUAGAUCAUACCUCCUCCUCCGUUGGGGAGUAAGUUUUUUGCGUUUGUAUUUGUAAGUGAGCUAGAAGCAAGGUGGGAAAAUAUUGCAAUAUAGUCAGCUUUAAGAAUUUA